GAAAGGAGGAAUUAGUGUAGGUCUAAUAGGCCAGGGAGUUUGAUCUUUAGUAUUUAAAGUAUUAUCUGUAGUAAUGAAUGCAGCUGGAGGACCUGCGGAAACAUUGGAAGGACGUACAUCAAAUUCGCUUAUAAUUCAUUGUGGGGAUGGGUUUUACUAUAACAGAAGAGAAGUACGUCGCAGUCGUGCUCGACUCCAAUGUCGACACUUUAAGAAGGGCUGUCCAGGGACGGCGUCUCUGUCAUUAGAAACUGGAUGGCUGCAUCACCUUCAACCCCAUAAUCAUGCACCAGAUCGUCUUUUUACCGACGACUCUGCAUUGCGAAGAGCAAUGCUGCAUGAGGCUAAGACAAACGUUCAUGGGAUUAAAGUGCAGUCCAUUUUGAAUGAUUUUAAAGUGAGGUGCCCAGAUGUCCAAUUGGCAUCUCGCUUUACAACUGUAAGAAUGAAGUCACAGCUCUACCGCGCCAGAAGUUCAAACUAUCCAAGGAUACCGUCAUCACUUAUUUACCUGGGUAUUUUGUUGGGCUUGCCCGACAUGCGGCCCUUGUGCAAGACAGUUGAUGGAGCAGAUUACAUCUUCCAAGGAGUUGUUGGUUCAGCAGGGGAUAAAACUAUUGCAUUGAUAUUCGCAUCUGGGCGAAUGCUUCAGUUCUUACAAUCAAGAGAUAAUCUGCACAGUGAUGGGACAUUUCGUAAGAGAUCUAAGAAGCCUGCAAUGGCUCAGAUUUUCAACAUAGUUACUAAAUAUGGAGAAAAUAUAAUUGCUAUUGCAAGAGUACUGAUGCUCACAAGGACUACUCAGGCAUACAUCGCAGUUAUUGAACAAAUAAGGACACUUGCUCCCAACAUGAAUCCUGUGCGAAUCCACUGUGACUUUGAAAGAGCCGAAAUGAAUGCUUGGAGGGCUAUGUUCCCGAGGUCAAGGGUUGUUGGUUGCCUUUGGCAUUAUGCUGUUGCUUGCAGUUGCUUUGCACAUUCUUUAGGCAUGAGAGACCUUGCUCUAGAAAAUGAGUUAGUGUUUGAUCUCAUUAGGUGUCUGUGUGGUGUUCCUAUGCUUCCAAGUCACAUGAUUUGGUUGGGAGUGCUGGAAAUUUGGGACGAGGUGCAACAGACACCAUGGAGCAACAACUUCCGGCCACUUUUUGAAUACUUUGAAAAGGAGUGGAAACCUCGAGUGGAUGAGCUCUCUGUAUUCAAUGCGCCCGAGAGAACAAACAACUCCUCAGAAUCAGACAACCAUAUGUUGGCAAAAGUCUUGCCCCAGAACAGACCUAACUGCUUUCAUCUCAUUGGAGGUUUUGUGAAACUGGAACAUUUGUCUUGGUGUGACAAAGUAGCAGUUGAUGCUGGACGUCAGGUCACUGGAUUACGGAAAUGGAAGACUGUGCACAACGAAGCAGUAGUCCAGCGAGCAACCAAUCUUCUUGUAACUAAUCAAAUAACACUGGCACACUUCUUACAUAUGUCGUCAUACGCUAUUCAUGCAGCUGUGAUGCAAGGUCUAAAGGUAAGAAGGCCAAUUAAUGAUUCAGAGUCAGAACAAUCAGAAUCUGACAACUCUGACUCAGAAUAGUCAGUUUUGGUCACAGGAUUCAAGUUCGUUGCUUUGUUUUUGUUUUAUUUGAUGUGCCAGGAAAGUGUCCUUGAGUCAGCAGAUGGUUUCACAUUUUUGGUUCUAUUGAAUGAUUCAUAAUUCCAUCAUGCUCAUUGUAGUUCCUUCAAAGGGCAACAGUAAAAGCAAUGUUAACAAGUUAUGAUUGCACUGUUUGUCAUUCAGUCAUAACGUUAAAUUUUAUUCAGACAACUGAAUCCCUCAUCGUUCCAAAAUACUGACUGAUAUGUUACCAUUACCAAAGAACUUUCUUAGCUUUUCAAGUUUACUGUUUCUAUUAUUACUGAGUCUUAAUUUUGUAUAGAAACCUGGGAGCUUAUCCACAGCACUCAGGUUGUUUGCACUGAGUUCUCGUUAGCAUUUAUAUUCUUGUACUUAGUUUGGAUUAAGUUGUCCUCCAGUUGCUUAGCUCGCAUUGUGUAAGUUCCGCCCAGAAUAAUUGCUAUGAAUAUCUC